AUUAGGCAUUACGCGAGGUAUGUGUUUAGCAAUCAAAACAGCGGGAUGUUGAUUGCAGGAACUAUUGUUACAUCACAAUAGCGAAAAAUAAAUAUGCGUAGUUAUUAUAGACAGCAUAUGACUAGGAUCCUUUUCAUUAAUGAACUGACGCGCCUGACUGUAAACACUCAUAAGUGCAGGAAGCAAAACAUGCGCAAAACCGAAUUUAUUUGCAGCGAUUAUUCAUCAAUAUUUUUCAACAGUUAUGGUUGACAAUCAGGCUAGAUCGGACAAAGCUAUGUCUAUCUUUCUCGUCCAAUUAGUGAAUUGUUCCGGCAAACGGUAUACUUCGGCAGUGUUUACCAAAGAUGAUCUAACUAAACAAAAAUAACGUAACCCUGUACAAUUGGUCCCUUACUAGAACAAGUGGUUGUGUAAUCCCCAAUCAUUAUUAUAGUAUUUGUUUACAAACAUAUUCUAUUGUGACUUUCGUUUUUGAGUCAUCACGGCCAGAUACAUAUUUUUCUUUAGUCUUUAGUGUUUGCGCCGACGCGUACUGAGAUGGAAGUGUUCAUACUCGCAGUGUGGCUCUGCGUGGCCACGGCUGAGCUCGCGCAGGACUUAGCACACAUCGAGGACUUCAUACAGCAGAAGCGAUAUCUCCUCAAGAAGAAGUACCGACCCAUGUACCACAUCUCCGCGCCAGUAGGCUGGCUCAACGAUCCCAACGGAUUCAUAUUCUUCAAGCGGCAGUACCACAUAUUCUACCAGUACCAUCCAUACAACGGCGCGUGGGGCCCGAUCCACUGGGGCCACGUUAUCAGUGACAACCUCGUCGACUGGGCAUUCUACCCGCCCGCGCUGGUGCCCAAGGACCACUACGACAAACACGGCUGUCUCUCUGGAUCAGCAGUCAUACACAACAGUUAUUUAACCCUAUUCUACUCGGGACAUGUGCUAUCCAACAACAAGACCUAUCAAACUCAAAAUGUCGCUAUUAGUGCAGAUGGAAUCAUCUUCCAGAAGUAUUUGUACAACCCCAUAAUACGAGAAGGCCCAUUUGGCAACACGGACUUUAGGAAUCCUAAAGUAUGGCGGUUUAGAAACUCAUGGUACAUGCUGAUUGGAAGUUCAAGAGUGCAAGAAGCAUAUCUGUUACUAUACACAUCACCUGACUUAUUCAAUUGGAAAUUGAAUGGGACAAUAGCAAAGUCAUACGGAGACAUGGGGUACAUGUGGGAGAGCCCAGAUUUUUUUGAAAUAGAUGGAUUCAAUGUACUUAUUUUGUCGGUUCAAGGCAUACAAGGUGAUGGUCAUCGAUUUAGAAAUCUUUAUCAGACUGGGUAUGUUAUUGGGUCUUUCAACUAUCUGAAUGGACAGUUUGAAGACUUGGAAAUUUCGACGGCAACUUUCAAUGAACUGGAUUACGGUCACGAUUUCUAUGCAGCUAAAACUAUGCAAUCCCUCGAUGGACGAAGACUAUUAGUCGCUUGGUUGGGUAUGUGGGAGAGUGAAUUCGAAGAAUCAAAUGACGGCUGGGCAAGUAUGCUGACGCUAGUGAGAGAACUGAGGCUUACGUAUCAGGGCAAGCUGUUGAUGGCGCCGGUGAGAGAAAUUAUUGAGCUGCGUGCAGAAGUGCUUGAGGAUGCAUGGUACAGUCCAGGAGAGGCGUUCUACGCGGGGUCCAGGGCGUUCGAGAUGCUUGUCAACUCUAGCACAGUGAUGUAUGAUGCUGCGAUCAUUCUGGAGUGGAGUGGAGAACGACAGUAUACCAUUUCGUUUUCUGCAGAGCGUGGGUUCGUGAGCGUGGAUCGUGGAGGGGUAGACGGCGUUAGACGAGCCGAUUGGAUGCCUCUAACCCACAUUCACUGGCGUAUUUUCGUCGACUACAGUUCUAUAGAAGUCUUCUGUGGCUUAGGCGAAGUAGUUUUCUCCAGUCGAAUAUACCCACGGAAAUCUAUGCGCGUAAGGAUCGCAGGUGACACGCAAUUGCACGUGACACAAUACCGACUCAGGCGCAGCGUUGGUUAUGACAACAAACUACGGAAGCAAUUGAAGAAUCACGUCAUCAACCGAUAUCAUUAAAGUUGGAAACUGCAAUGGCUAAAUAACUGAUAGAAGCAACAAUCCUGGAUUAACCAUAAAGCUAAUAGGGUGAAAUAGCAUCCAAGCCGAACUGAUUUUUUUUUCGCUUUUCACGCUCGAUAGUCUAGUAAGUUUUGAUCACUUUUUAAGAGGCCCCGCUCUAAAUUUUGAUAAGGGCCGAGCAGCCAAAUCCAGUGAAAUCCAGCAAAUAUUUUCAUAGGAGGUUGAACGAGUCAUCAUAAUUUUGUAUCAGCAUGGUUCGGUGACUCGGUGAACAUUUUCGUAAAAAUGAAAAUCAAUUUUUGUUUUGGCUAUUAAUUUGAGAAAAUGACUUUUUGAAAAUAAGUAAAGUGUGUACCUUACUUAGUAUUA